AUGAAAGCUUUUAUUAAAAAUCUCCCGAACGAAGUAAGUUAUAUUAUGAUGUCCGUUUUACAAUUUUAGGUAUGGGAAUCUAUUUUUUCUCUUCUGGAUGGCAUUGACAGUCUGGCUGCGUUGGCUUCAACGCAUAAAAAAUUUUACAAGAUGUUAAACAGAGACUUUAAAACAAUGUGUUUUUGCGAUGGUAUCUACAGGUUUAAGGGAGAAACAUGGGCGACGGCUUUUAGUUUGUAAGGAUUUAUGUCAGUUGCUACCGACAAAAAUAUGUUAAAGUCACGUAUUUCUUUGGCAUUUCUAAACGCUUACGAAAACAUACUACUCUAGUUUUAGGGCCGGGAACCGUGCUUUCGAUCUAUCUGAUUUUCAUGUAAUGAGUUGUCCUAAUAGUGGCAUGCUGGCAUUUUAUAUGGAUAACAGUUAUCUCAUACUAACUCAUAUCGACUUUUCGCAGUUAAGAUUUGAACUUAUCUACUUCAGCAAAUACUUUGACGGGUACAUCUAUCAGUUUCUUUUGAUCAACAGAGGAAAACGUAUUAUUAUCAAUUGCCUAAAUACGCCAGAAGAAGAAGCUUCUCUAAAUCAAACCGCGUACUUGUAUGAUAUAGAAUCAAAACAAGUAUUGAAAAAGUUUAAAACUACUGAUUUCCAAAUUCAUUGGUAUACGCAGUUACAGAAUAAAACCACUGUGUACGAUCCAUUUAGUAACAAACAGUUUGAUAUGCCCUCCGGGAUGGAGUAUUUUUAUACACGUUAUGAAGACAAGUUUAGUGAACACCGUUAUGUGGGAUUGUUGGCACGUGUGGAAGAGCAGUUGUAUUUAAAAGACAUGAAAACUGAUGAACUCAUAAAGUUUUGCAAACUCACUGCUAGUGGUUUCGGUCAUUGUAUUUUUGAGAAAGCUGGUUUGCUUUUUAUCAGAAGUAAGAAUGUUGCCGUAACGUUUUACUUGUGAAAUUACGUACAAAAUAAGUAGAACAAUUUUGUCUAUUAUUUCAAAACCUUUUCAUAAAAAACUGAGAAAAGCUUUUGAUACGUUGUUCAUAAGAGGUUAAUUUCAGAUAAAGCUAACGAAAAAUAUGGCUAUAACAACAUGGAAUUCUACGACUUGAAGACAAAAACUAAGCUUUACGAACUGCCUCUGCAAAACAAUGAAGAUGCUUGGGAUUGGAAUUGUGUUUCGAAUUAUUCUGUACAAAAUUAUAUAAUUCGCGAAGUAAGCAUUAUACAUGCCAUGUGCGUUAGCUCUGCGAUUGGCUAGCCAGUCUAAAACCGCCAAUUUUGUCUAACAGGUCAUUAGACAAAAAUUAUGAGUUCUUGUCUGAAAAGAUAUAAGUGACCAUGCUUUCUCGUCGCGAAAAGAACAAGGUCUUUUUUCUCUACACACUUUUAGACUAGAGUUUACUGUUUUUGAUUGACUAACCAAUCACAAAAGUAAAGAAUUAUUCGCUCAUUAAAAUUACAGACUGAAUUUCAAAGCAGUAUUAUUUUUAGUUCGUCAUUUACAAUCCUAGGAAAGUAGAAUUCUACACCAGGUUUAACAACUGCUUGUACCCAGGGGCUCAUCAACAAAAAAUUAAAGAAGAAGUAUGCAAUUACGCACUUAAGUUCAAAAUUGACGGCUCUAGACGUUUUGAUAUUUGCAAAGCUCAUAAUACUCCAGUGUACUUUGAUUACUCUACAGGUAAAAAUUUAAAAAACAAACGGUUUGUAAAACAGCAAACAUUUUUUUGGAAACAAAACUGAAACAAUCUUUAAAAUAUACUGUAGUAUUUAUAUAUACAGAGCCGGGUGCUUACGAGGGGCGGAAGAAGUACCCUUCCCCACCAGAAAAAAUUUUUAAAAAAAGUGGAACAUGGUUCCCCAGUUAAUUUUUAGAAAAAAAUUUGAAUACAAUCGGCAUAGGCUACCGGUGCUGAUUUUUUUACGUUAUAAAGAACCAGAAAUGGCAAAGGAACAGAAAAAUUUCAAAUAUAAAUUGUGCGCUACAAAUUUUUAUAUUUUUUAUUUAAAAUUACGUUUAUAUAUUUAAAACACGUUUUUAUAAUAGUCGAACCUCAGUGGCACACAGAAUUUCAAAAUGAUUUAAAUCGGUUCAACUGUUACUUACCUAGGCACUACAAAUGUCAAAAAACGCCAAAAAGUUUUCCAAAGUUACAGUAUCCCGGAGUACUGUAACUGGGGUUGAGCUUUCGUACCGGAUGCACCAUCAGUUUGAAGACGGUACACUACCAUAUUUUUAGUAGUAAAAUUUAAAAUGUUUGCUGUAAGAUUCUUUUUGACGUCCUGAGCCACUCCAAAUAGCAUUAAAAACGCUAGUCCACAUUUUUCACUAAAAAAAUUUAAUUUUGAUAAUUUUCGGAAUUACAGUAACCUUGUCACGUAUUUCGAAAUUUAAUAAAACUUUUCAGUAAAACUAUUAAAUACGUUUGUGGAACGCAAAAAACUAUGAUUGCGUAGUAAGUUGUGUAUCUAUAUCAAUCACACUGACAAAAUUGCGUUUACAUAAACUACUACAACUUAUAAUUAUUUUAAUUUAUUUUAAAAACACAGAUUAGUUUAAAAAAUAAAAAGAGGGUACGGGUUUAUAUUUUUCCGAGCAAUUUUUGAAUUUUUUUGAAACUUCUCAAAGUGGUGGAACUUUGAUAUCAAUAGCAAAAAAUCAUUAUUUUGAAGGUAGAACAUUUGGUGAAAACUGUUUCUACGUCUUUUGGUUUUUGAGGUGUGAAAUCUCAACCCCAGUUACAGUACUCCGGAGGUACUGUAACUUUGGAAAACUUUUUGGCGUUUUUUGGCAUUUUUAAUGCAGACAACAUAUUUUUACAUUUUAAUUAUUUUCAGGAAAACUAGUAAUGAUGAAACUCAACGGUUUUAAUGUGCUAAACGACGUACCUUUUGUUACAAAUAUACGCAGAAAGUGCCAAAACUUUUUAGAACAAUGCAAAAAAGAUCCAUGUUGCAGUAGUAGUUUAGCCAAAAAAGUAAAACCCUUUUUUUUCAAACCAACUGCAAUCACUUCUUACUCGUCAACCUGCUCCAAUAAUCACAAAAGUUUCAGACGAUCGGACUAUACGUAUAACAAAAUUCACUUGGUUUUUAACUGGAUUUUAGCCAAUGUUGAUAUUUUUUGAUUUUAUUAAACCAUUUCUUAUAUUUCAAAUAUUUAAAAUGUGAUGGUACAGUAUAAUACGGUAUAUUAGGUUAUAGUAUACGGAGUGGGGUAGCGGUUGGUUCCUGAACACGAGAAUCAGAAACCAACACAGCUCUUCUGUAACACCAAAGAAUAUCACGACGAAAGCUAUCAGAGUUUUUUGGAAGACUUGAAUCGGAGGUUGAAGCUGGAAGUGGAUUCAAAGCCUCGAUAG